CCAAAGCACAGAAGUAAGUGGCAGAGAUACAACACGAAAAUUUAAUUUUAAAUUUAAGAUAAGCCGCUGGAUAAUCACAAUGUAACGAAAAACAAAGCGGAAGUUUCGAUUUUAUAAAACACCUGAGACAUACAUACAUCAGAAUCAGCGCGCAUUGAUUUGCACUAGGAGUAUAAAUGAACGACAAUUUUUGGUCACAAGAUUUACGGUGUCCAGCAAUUAACAGCUAGGUACAAAAGCAGACAACAACGACACACACUUUUUUGGCACACGCAUACGUACAUGUAUAAGUUUGGACUUACUCACUCGCCCACAUGUCUCUUCCCAACGCUACCAUUUAAGUCAUUACCGAAGCAGAUUCAACUGUUUUAACGAGUUCAAAUCAGCAGCACAAAAGUCAAUCAAUAGUAUACGAUCAAUUAAUUUUUAAAAUGGCAGCGGAAGAUUCCAUUGGACGUGUCGAGAGAACCGAGCUUCCAGCUCCAAUGAUAUCGCGAAAGGAAGUCAGUAUCUGGGCCAUCCUCAAGAACUGCAUAGGAAAGGAUUUGAGCAAAAUUACCAUGCCGGUAAUGCUGAAUGAACCCCUGAGCUUCCUCCAGAGGCUGUGCGAAUAUAUGGAGUAUGCACAUCUGUUGACACAAGCAGCACACCAGGAGACUCCCGAAGACCGGAUGAAAUAUGUUGCAGCUUUUGCCGUUUCUGCUUUGGCUUCCAAUUGGGAGCGACUCGGAAAACCGUUCAACCCGCUUUUGGGGGAAACAUACGAACUGCAGCGAGACGACUAUCGAAUUGUGUGUGAGCAGGUCUCCCACCAUCCGCCAGUUUCUGCAUUUCACGCAGAGUCCAAUGAUUUUAAGUUCCAUGGUUCUAUUAACCCCAAAAUUAAGUUCUGGGGUAAGAGCGUGGAAGUGAAUCCCAAAGGCACGGUCACCAUUGAGUUUCCCAAAUGGAACGAAACUUACACCUGGACCAACGUCAACUGUUGCGUGCACAAUAUUAUAGUCGGAAAACUCUGGAUUGAGCAGUAUGGCAAGAUGGUCAUAACCAAUCAUGCCACCGGACACGUUGCGAACCUAACAUUCAAAUCAGCUGGAUCUGGGGCCAAACACUUGCACCGAGUCGAGGGCUUUGUGCGGGAUUCCAGUGAGAAGAAUAUAUUCUUUUUGUAUGGCAAAUGGACGGACUUUAUCAAGUGCUGCACUGCGGAAUCCUAUUCGCAAUACAUAAAGCAGGGCACCAGAAAGAAUGAUGACGGUGAAGCCGCUGAUUCGCCGAAUGGAACCCCCAAGAGGAUGUUUUCCAAACUGAACAGCUUCAAGCUGAGCUCUUUUCGCAGCAUGUCCAUACAAGAUAACGACAGCAUUCCACCGCUGGAGCAAGAGACAAAUGAGAUACCAAAGAGCGACUCUGCAUAUUCGCUUGAUGUGCCAGACUCUACAUUAUUAUGGAGUUGCAAGCCACGACCUUCCAACUGCGAGGAGUUCUACCAGUUUACACACUUUGCGCUGCAGCUUAAUGCAAUGGAAAAAAACAUGAAACCACCGCUAACACUUUGCCCUACCGACUCGCGCCUGCGACCUGAUAUACUAUACCUUGAGGACGGAAACUUAGAUGGUGCAUGCAAGGAGAAGACUCGUCUAGAGGAGAAACAAAGAUACACACGCAAGCAUCGAAAAAGCACCAAUGGCGAUGAUUGGACACCAAGAUGGUUUAAGCAUGUGACCAGCGCCCACACCAAAACCGAGGAUUGGAACUACAUUGGAGGAUAUUGGGAUCGUAAAUACGACAUGGCCAAUACAAUAUUUUAGAAACCUUUUUAGAGUAUACAUGUGAUUACCUUACUAUAUAUUGUAUUUGUAUAAAGAGUUUGUGAAGUGUAUUCACUAAGCAAUCGUUGCUAACUGGAUGGAUGUACCUAUGUACAAUGGUACAUGGCCAAACAUAACACACGAGCUUUUGGCAUACAGCAAAACAACAGAGAAACCCAAACACAAUCCAGUCGCACAAGCAGAGCAUUCUCCAUUGAAUUGUUUUGAGACAAUUAUUAAGUUACAGCUUACACUUCGUAGUCAAGUAUAUAUAUUGUAUAUUGUAUAUCUAUGUGUGUAGGUGUUAAUUAUCUGACGCAUUCCAUAUGAUGCAAUUAAAAUGUUAUUCAGUUA